GUUGUGGUUAGUAUAAUGUAGCCUUUGUGUACAAUAGAAGCAAGAUGGCGGCCGAGAAACCAAAAUCAUUGAAACUGCAACUUAUCCACGGAACCAACAAGCAUGACAUAAGUCUGGUGCUAGCUCCAGAUCAGGCAGGGGACACUUUCUGUGUUAAACAUCUGAUGACAGAGGUGGAGAAGAGGACACAAAUUCCACCUGAGGCACAAAAACUCAUAUUUAAAGGCCAGUCUUUGAAGAAUGGUGAAGUAGAGCUUGACAAAAUUGGUAUCAAAAAUGGCGUGAAGGUGAUGCUGAUAGGGAAAAAGCCAACUCCUGUGGAUGACAAAGAAACAAGUGCUCUGGGUCAAGUAGAAGGUUUAUUUGAUAAAGAGUCCAAGAAGUUAAGUGAGAUCACAUACGAGUUGGAUGGAAUACACAGGGGUUUCAUAGACAAAGACAAGCAGCAGGACGCUGUGAAGAAGUUGCAGAAGCGUAUGGCUGUUGUAGCAGAACAUCUGAUAAAACUUUUAGAAAAACUGGAUAGCUUGAUGUUUGAAGAAUCCAACAAAGGAGCCAGGGGAAAGAGAAAAACCUUGGUGGAUAAAAUACAGGUGCUGUUGAACCAGAUAGACGGACUGAACCGUGGAGUAAGUGACAUGCUAGCACGUUGGAAUGCUGUCUAACAUACCCCACCCACUAGUGUUUGCAUGGUGAAUGUGACAACUGUAGGAAAUGCAAAUCUCAGUUUAGCUGUUUUCAGUAAAACAAUAGCCUAAAACUAUAAAGAAACAAAGUUUAAAAAAAAAUACGUUUGGGUGUGUUUUGGAAUUGAAGCAAAAGGGUGUACACUAUGAUUGUGUGCUCACAUGGCAUUGAUAUAAUUAAUAAACAGAAUCUCAAAUUGUUAACUGUAAUGAAACUUUAAUUAGGAUAAUUCACCACCCGGUUACUUGCAUAUAAAAUUAACACUUUUAUAUAACUAUAUUGAGGUAUAAAUUUUCUAUCAUGAACAAUUAGAACAAUCUGCAAUCAUUGGUGAGACAAUUCAUAAGGAUGUGUGAUACAAAUCUCUAUUGGUAAUCUGAUGUUUGUAUGAUAUAUUGGGUAAAGCCUUUUAAACGCAUGUUACGGGGCAAGGGUGUGAAGUUUUUGAAACUGUUAAUGGUUGCGCAUUUAGUCUGUAAUCAGUAUUAUUGUUAUUAGCUAUUAGCUCGGCUGUUUUCAGAGAAAACCCAAGGUAUUGUCAUAGCCAGUUCGCCGUCCGGCGUCGUGCUAAAACCUUAACAUAGGCUCUAAAAUAAAAGCCACACCCAUUUUUGGGUCACUAGGUCAAAGGUCAAGGUCAUUGUGACCUCUAAACAAAACAAAAAUGUCUGACAAACUGCACCUGCAGCCGAGAGGUGGCACCCGCUAUACGGUGCUCUUGUUUUUCUUGUUAUAUUAACUUGCAUGCAAAUUGUAAUAACUCAAGAAUUUAUAUUAAACUUGACGUAUUAUUAUAAA